GCCCGACGUCUUCGGUCGGAUUCCCGCCGGCUCAAGCAAUGAGAAAUGGGGGCAGGCGAAGGGAAGGGACAUUACAGUAAGACCGCGCUUUACUGACGGAAAAAGGAGGCAGCCGCUUUGUGUCUGUGACUUCUAAGCGCGGCUUUUGGGCUCAGCGUUUCUCUUUAAGUAGUUUGGUAAACGGCCCAAUAAACCGCGGCUGGGCCAAUUCAUGGCAAGGGUGGCCAGAUGCAAAAGGCUACAUUUUGACUGAAGCGAAGAACAUUUUCAAAGUGCCAUUUAUUUUGUGUGGGUAGGAAAAGGAAAGAGAAAUUGCUAUAUUUGCUGAAAUGUUCUUAUAUAAUUUGAAAAAGGCAGAGUCUCUUCAACUGGUUACCGGAUUGAAAUCAUAAGCAACUGCUCAAAAAAGUGAAAGAAAAAGUCUAAUGGAGAUCAUGAAGAUCCCAAAACCAUUCUGCAUAUUUUCAAUUUUCACAUGUGCUGCUAUAUAUGCUGUGUAUACCAAGUGGAAUUUUGAUUAUAAAGGAAAAAGUGUUGACAAAGGUUUGGAAAAGCAGCUUGGUGCUGAGAUCUCAAGAAAAGAUGAGGCAGUUCUUUAUGGAAUUAUGUUUGAUGCUGGAAGCACUGGCACCCGUAUACAUGUAUUCCAUUUUGCACAGAAACCAAAAGAGCUUCCAAGAUUAAUUAAUACCACAUUCAAAGCAUUAAAACCAGGACUCUCUGCAUAUGCUGACAAUGUGGAUAAGAGUGCUGAAGGAAUAAAUGAGCUAUUGGCAGUUGCUAAAGAAGCUGUUCCUAUGCAUUUGUGGACGUCAACUCCCUUAGUUCUUAAAGCCACUGCUGGCUUAAGAUUGCUGCCAGGAGAAAAGGCACAGAAAUUAUUGGAUAAGGUAAAGGACAUUUUUCAAGAGUCUCCAUUCUUUAUAGGAAAUGAUUGUGUCUCCAUAAUGGAUGGAUCAGAUGAAGGUAUUUCAGCAUGGAUCACAGUCAACUUUUUAACAGACAGCUUGAAUAAUCCAACGAAGAAAUGUGUAGGAAUGCUAGAUUUAGGUGGUGGAUCUACUCAAAUCACAUUUCGCCCAAGCACUGAAACAUCUGCAGAGAAUUCAACUGCUGAACACAUCAUUUCAUUUAACUUGUUUAAUACUACAUAUAAACUGAAUUCACACAGUUACUUGGGAUUUGGAUUAAUGUCAGCAAGACUGGCAAUUUUAGGAGGAGUUGAAGGACAAACCUCGAAAGAAGGCGAAGAACUAACAAGUCCCUGCUUAUCACUAAAUUAUCAAGGUGAAUGGGAACAUGCAAAGAUACUGUACAAAGUUAAAGGGCAGAAAACAGGAAGGCCACUUUUUGAAUCAUGUCGUAAUGAAAUAUCAAAAGUGCUGAACAAGAAAAUUCAUGAGACAGCCAAAAUAAAGGACUUGAAUUUCUAUGCUUUUUCCUACUAUUAUGAGUUGGCAGUUGAUGCUGGUUUAAUAGAUAAAAAAAAAGGAGGGAUCCUACCAGUCAGGAAGUUUGAAAGUGCAGCAAAGACAGCCUGUAAAACAAUGGAAAUUCAACAAGGAAAGCAUCCUUUCUUAUGCAUGGAUCUUACCUACAUCAGUUUGCUGUUGAAAGAACUGGGCUUUCAAAAGAAUCACAUUCUUAAGCUGGCCCAGAAGAUUAACAAUAUUGAAACCAGCUGGGCUUUGGGAGCGAUUCUUCACUACAUGGAUUCACUUCACAUGCUAUAAUAUUAGGGAUUUACUGCCUGGAGAAAAUGAGUCUAGGAAAUUGGACCUGAUUGAUUCCUUUGAAAAAGGGCUACAAAUAAAAUAUAUUUUUAAAUGUUUUAAAUCUUUCAAUAAAGGAGGCUGGUGCUUCAGGUGG